GGUUCUGGUAAAUACUGCUUGCUGUGUUUUGAUGUUGGUGGCUAAGCUCAUCCAGUGUAUUGUGUUUGGCCCUCUUCGAGUGAGUGAGAGACAGCACCUCAAAGACAAGUUUUGGAAUUUUAUUUUCUACAAGUUCAUUUUCAUUUUUGGUGUGCUGAAUGUCCAGACUGUGGAAGAGGUAGUGAUGUGGUGCCUCUGGUUUGCUGGUCUGGUUUUCCUUCAUCUGAUGGUUCAGCUCUGCAAGGACCGAUUUGAAUAUCUUUCCUUUUCUCCCACCACACCAAUGAGCAGCCAUGGGCGUGUCCUGUCUCUGUUGAUUGCCAUGCUGCUUUCCUGCUGUGGACUGGCGGUUGUCUGCUGUGUCACGGGCUACACCCAUGGCAUGCACACCCUGGCUUUCAUGGCUGCAGAGUCUCUUCUUGUGACAGUCAGGACAGCUCAUGUGAUUUUAAGAUAUGUAAUUCACCUCUGGGACCUCAACCAUGAAGGGACCUGGGAAGGAAAGGGGACCUAUGUCUAUUAUACCGAUUUUGUUAUGGAGCUCACUCUCUUGUCCCUGGAUCUCAUGCACCACAUUCACAUGUUGUUAUUUGGCAACAUCUGGUUAUCCAUGGCCAGCCUGGUCAUCUUUAUGCAGCUGCGUUAUCUGUUCCAUGAAGUACAGCGUCGAAUCCGUCGGCACAAGAACUAUUUGCGUGUGGUGGGAAACAUGGAAGCCAGGUUUGCGGUUGCAACUCCAGAGGAGCUAGCGGUCAAUAACGACGACUGUGCAAUUUGCUGGGACUCCAUGCAGGCUGCAAGGAAGCUGCCCUGUGGCCAUCUUUUUCACAACUCCUGUCUUCGGUCUUGGCUAGAACAAGACACCUCCUGUCCAACAUGCAGAAUGUCUCUUAAUAUUGCUGACAACAACCGUGCCAGGGAAGACAACCAAGGAGAGAACCUGGAUGAGAAUUUGGUUCCUGUGGCAGCUGCGGAAGGCAGACCUCGCUUAAACCAGCACAAUCACUUCUUCCACUUCGAUGGGUCCCGGAUUGCAAGCUGGCUGCCGAGCUUUUCAGUGGAAGUGAUGCACACUACAAACAUUCUUGGCAUCACACAGGCAAGCAACUCCCAGCUUAAUGCCAUGGCUCAUCAGAUUCAGGAGAUGUUCCCCCAGGUUCCAUACCACCUCGUGCUGCAGGACCUCCAGCUUACACGCUCUGUCGAAAUAACAACAGACAACAUCUUAGAAGGACGGAUUCAAGUACCUUUUCCCACACAGCGGUCAGAUAGCAUUAGACCUGCACUGAACAGCACAGUGGAAAGGCCCAGCACUGACCAGGAAGAGGGAGAAGCCUCUGCGCAGACCGAACGUGUGCCACUGGACCUCAGCCCUCGUCUGGAGGAGACCUUGGACUUCAGCGAGGUGGAAGUGGAGCCCAAUGAGGUGGAGGACUUUGAGGCUCGGGGCAGCCGUUUCUCCAAAUCUGCCGAUGAGAGACAGCGCAUGUUAGUGCAGCGUAAGGACGACCUGCUGCAGCAGGCGCGGAAGCGAUUCUUGAACAAGACCUCUGAAGAUGACUCAGCCUCUGAGAGCCUCCUCCCUUCAGAGGGCACGUCCUCCGACCCUGUGACCCUGCGCCGGAGGAUGCUGGCUGCCGCUGCUGAACGGAGACUUCAGAAGCAGCAGACCUCCUAGCGUCCCUCCCUUCUCAGCUGCCUCCUCCCGAGCCCAGGGCCAGACCAGAAGAGGCUGGCCUGGGUUCCGCCUGCCCUAGACUCGGGCUCGACUGCAUUGCCGCUGUAUAAAGCAUGUGGUCUUAAUAGUGUUUGGACAGCUGACAAGUAAUCCUCCUUUGUAAUACUUUCUAUGUGACGUUUCUCUUCCCUUAGAAACACUGCACAUUUUAACUCUAGGCAUGACCUCUUCUGGCCUUGACUGGACUUCAUGGGGGCGGGGCACAGGGGAGGGCAAGUGGGCGACCACCGCCCUCAGCAGCACCUUCCAUUACUGCCUUGUCCUAACUCACGGCUGAUGCUGGCACCUUGGCAUCUCAGGAAGUGUUUGUGUGCCCGACAGCAGUGACGAGGGGCACGGGAUCCCACCGCCUCCCCCCAGGACACCAUCGGCAGCCGAAUGCUCUCCUUUGUGAGCAAGCAUCAGAAUGUUCCAGAGGCCAGACCUGCAGGUUCCUGAACCUCAGAGUCAGCAGGGCAUCUUCUAUAAAGAAUUUCUGGUUUGCUACCUGGAGCUGAAGGAGCGGGGACUUCAGAGUGAGAGAUCAUUUUCCAUCCUGACAUUGGACUAACCGAGCCCCACCUGCAGCUGGGUUUGCUUCAGUUCACACUGGUGCUCCAGCAUUGCACAUGCUCCCCCAGGGGUCUCCUCCUCUCCUCCUGGCUUUCUUCCCGCCCCCUGUGAAUAUGAGAAGAGGUUAAGCAGCAAA